ACCAAGUACUGUGGAUGGGCAGCACCGCAGCUGGGUUGCUCUGCUCUGCUCUCGCUCUUCCCCGCCGGUAUAAAAAGGCAGGCAGCGCAGCGGCCGGGGGGAGAGAGAGCAGAGCAGCAGCAGACGAUUCUCGGAAUCCCCAAACAAAACAAAACAAACCAAGCAAUCAAGAAGCACAGCAGCAUGGUUGAGGUUGAGGCUGCGCAUCAGCAGCCGCCGCCGGCUCUCGUCUUCGACGCCGCCCGCCUGAGCGGCCAGGCCGACAUCCCGCAGCAGUUCCUCUGGCCGGCCGACGAGAGCCCCACCCCGGACGCCGCCGAGGAGCUGCCCGUGCCGCUCAUCGACCUGUCCGGCGGCGCCGCCGACGCUGAGGUGGUCCGGCAGGUGGGCGAGGCCUGCCAGCUGCACGGCUUCUUCCAGGUGGUGAACCACGGCAUCGACCCGGCGCUGCUGGCGGAGGCCCACCGCUUCACGGACGCCUUCUUCACGCUGCCCCUCGCCGAGAAGCAGCGCGCGCAGCGCCGCCAGGGCGAGAGCUGCGGCUACGCCAGCAGCUUCACGGGCCGCUUCGCCUCCAAGCUGCCCUGGAAGGAGACGCUCUCGCUCCGCUACUGCUCCGCCUCCGCCUCCGCGGCGGCCGACGGCGGCGUGGCCGCCUACCUGGUGGAGAAGCUGGGCGAGGAGUACCGGCGCCACGGCGAGGUGUACGGGCGCUACUGCUCGGAGAUGAGCCGGCUCUCGCUGGAGAUCAUGGAGGUGCUGGGGGCCAGCCUCGGCGUGGGGCGCGCCCACUUCCGGCGCUUCUUCGAGGGGAACGACUCCAUCAUGCGCCUCAACUACUACCCGCCGUGCCAGCGCCCCUACGAGACGCUCGGCACCGGCCCGCAUUGCGACCCCACCUCGCUCACCAUCCUCCACCAGGACGACGUCGGCGGCCUCCAGGUCUGCGCCGCCGGCCGCUGGCGCUCCAUCCGGCCCCACGCCGGCGCCCUGGUCGUGAACAUCGGCGACACCUUCAUGGCGCUCUCCAACGGCCGCUACAGGAGCUGCCUGCACCGCGCCGUCGUCAACAGCCGCGUGGCGCGGCGCUCGCUGGCCUUCUUCCUCUGCCCGGAGAUGGACAAGGUGGUGCGGCCGCCGGGGGAGCUGGUGGACGCGCGCAACCCGCGGGCGUACCCGGACUUCACGUGGCGGGCGCUGCUGGACUUCACCAUGAGGCACUACAGGGCGGACAUGAGGACGCUCGAGGCAUUCUCCAGCUGGAUCGUCCGCCAUGGCCACCAUGCACCACCUCUCAAUCUCUGAAUGCUCAUAUCCUAUAUCUGGAUGGGGAUUUGCAUUGCCAUUGCUCUGCUCUGCUCCUGUAGUCAUCCAUCGGAAUUCAUCAAGAUGCAUGUAGGUUGAGUUAUUAAUUAGAUGCCUGCUGAUGAGCUAGGUAGUACUAUAUAUAUACAUGCAUGUAUGUAUGUAUGUAUGUAUGUAUGUAUCAUGUAUGUAGUGCGACAUCAAGAACAAGAACAGCAAGGAAGAAGAUGAUGCCUGCUGAAUCAGAGAUUGGAUGGAUCGUCGACCAAAGCCUAUAUAUCUAGGCAAUGCAAAUUGAGAUAUAUGAAAUCAAAUCAAGUUUGAUUAUUAUU